CGGCUCGUUGGUUUCCAAAACUGCCGCCAAUAUUUUCUUUGAAAUUCCGAGCGACCACUGGAAAGAACGGGACGCCAUCUCUGGUCCCCCCGUCCUCCCAAAACAGCGAUGGUCUAGAAUCUGGCGGGACUUUCUGGUGCUCGGUGAGCAGGGGAAGGGGAGUGGUCAGGCUGUGCGGGCCUAGGUCGCCCCACACGCCCCUCGGACAGGUGUGAAAGUGAAAGUGUCGCGCGUAUCGGACACAGGUGCGACACUGAUACGCUAACGGGACGAUUUUGAUCUCCCAUAGACUAUAAAUCACACCCCGUGCCCCUACCACCGGGACCGGGAGGGGCGAGGUGGCUGUAGCGUGCCCGGGGCGAGUCGCCGCAGUCCCCACGCGGCCGUGAGCAUACGGCGAAUCCCGAGAGCAGCGGGGAAGACACAAACCUCCGCGGGGCAGAGGCUCCUGUUGGUGGGAGGGGCACGACUAGGGCGCUCCCGGCUAGCACAGGGGGCGAGGUCGGAGUGAAGAGGAAGGUGCUACCCACAAUCCCUUGCAACCAUGGCAGCCUUUUUGGCUAAACAGAUGUUGGGAGAUCAAAUGAAAGAACUGCAGAAUAUAACAGGAGGAGGAAAAGAUGAAGAAGGAGAUGGAGAGAAGAAGGAACUGACUGAGGACGGACAGGACCCAGAGGUGGCCGAGGCCCUGAGGCAACAGGAGGAGGCCAGGAAGGAGAAACAUCGUAAAAUGGAAGAGGAACGGGAGAAGGUCAGGUCAACAAUCAGGGACAAGUACGGACUAAAGAAGAAGGAAAAAGAACAACCUGAGGAGGAGCAACAACCGGAGGGAGAGGACGAGGUCCGUAGUUUAACGAGGGAGAAGAAACCUCCCCCGGGCAUCGGAGAAGAGGAAGAGGAGGAGGAAGGGCCUCUGGAUGAGCUGUGGAAAAUGUUCUCCGAGAAGUUUCCAAGCAUAGCAGAGAAGUUUAGUAAUAAAUAGUGGAAAGGGUGGAGAAAAAUGGUCUACACAUCCAUGUAUGUGUGUCAUUGUCUUUCAAGAUGGUUCUUUGGAUCUUUUGUUUGGGUUCCUUGACAUGGGCAGUCGCUGCUUAUCUUAAGGGGGAUGGAGAAUUUAUCAUCCAUGAUCGUAAUGAAUAACAAGAGACCCUUGAUAAUAUAAUGAUCAUGACAGCGGUGGGAUCAACUUACCCAGUGAGAGGUAAACAAAAGUUCCAUGGAUACAUUUUAUGAGCUGCUGAAAUGCUUGGAGACUCUGGACUGAAUAUUGUUAAAGAUUCUUUACCAUGCAUGGAAACUGAAGCAAACCAAAUGUACAGAGCGGGUUGAGAGAAAAGGGGACCUGGUCUGCUAGCACGAAGCUCUAACAUCGUCUAGGGGUCCAGUCUGAGUUAUUGAUCACAUGAUUGCUCUGUGAGUAGUCUUCAAACAUCUGAAAUCAGGAUGUACAUCUCAGCAACUUGAAAAUGAAAAUAAUCCAUACAUUGAUGUAAAUUGGCAAUUCAAAACUGUGAUGUUUCUCUCAUAACACAAAAACCAUCAGUGUCUGUCCGUGGUGCUGAAACGUCGGUGCCUACUAAAAAAUCCAUCCAUUUGUGUAAUCAGUAACACAAAACAACAGCAAAAGGCCAGGAACCCUGUGAUUUUCUAAUAAAGAUGGAUAUGGCAUGUUGAAGCAUUUUCAUCUCUUGUUCUUUUGUGAGGAUCACAGUGUUGGAUCGUCAGGACAGUCACAUACAGUCAGUGGUGUAAUUGAGUGAUCAAAAACACGGAGCUGGUGGACCAGAUCUGCCUAUUGGUCUGAGCUUUUUCUCCAACCCAUACAGAAGGUAGUCAGUCUGUCCAACGUAACUAUGGAUAUCUAGUAGGCAUAGACAACAUCUUAGUUUCCAUGAAUGUGACUAAGGAUCCUAUGUGUAUAGAGAGUGUACCAUUUCACCAGCCCACAACUCGAUGUAUCAGAAAUACCUGUGAGCUUGUCCAUGUGCAGUGAGGAGGGGGUCUCUACUGACACACUGCAAACAAGAUGGCGUCACCAGCUGCUGGAUUCAUGUCCUGCCUCCUGUCAUAUUCUGCAGAAACAAGGAAAGAAAAAGAAACUUUAACACAUUUAAAGAGGAUGAAGAGAAUGAAGAAGUGGCUGGGGCCCAUGUUCGUGUGUCACUUUUGACCCCUGUGUCCUGAUAACAUUGUGUGGUCCUCAAAAGUCAGGUCUGAGAGUACUUGUAUUUAGGAUAUAGAACAUUAGUAACAAGUCAUACUCACAACUAGACAUGGGUGUUAUACUGUCUCUCAUAGUUCAAGCAUUGGAACAGUGAGUGUCAGGUGAUGUCAAUUAUACUGUAGUGAUGCUCAAUGUGUGGAAAUCAUCAGAAUUCUGUAUUCAUGGUGUUCUCUGUCUCUGUGUGUGUGCUCUUGUACAUAACAUUUCCCAGCACGUUAUGUUGUCCAGUGUGUGACCAUGCAUGGGCCUGUCAGAAUCCAUGGUGGGAAUGGAUGGCUUUUCAGCAUUUUGAUGGAAUAAGGAUAAAUUCAAGUCUUUUUUUGGAAAAAGCAGAUGACAUUGUUUGGAUGAUGCAGAUUUUAAACUUUUAAAAUUUUGAAAACCUAAUCAAAUGAUGCAAUUUAUAAAAGCGACAUAUCUUGGCAAUAAUAAUAUCUGACAGGAUAUGUGAGAUCUAUAGCAAUCACCCAGUUUAUGCCAUGUAUAAGAUCACUUUGUGAAUAUCUGAAUUCAUACACCCUCACCACCCAUGAAUACAGACAGGUCUACUUGUCAAGAGAUGUGGCAUGGUUUCUACUCAAGACCUAAUUGUUAUGAUGCUGCUAGUAACAAAAAUUGUUUUUUACUACAUUUACACUGUAUGUUUUGAGUGCACAUCUUAAUCCAUCAUUCCCUGUCGCUGAUAACAGCUUACUGUCAAAAUUGCUCCUGUAUUCCAUAAUCUUAAGUCUCCUUAUGCUGAUUCCAGUUGAAUAUCACUUCCUGGGAAGACGAAUCUCCCAAGGUGCUUCACGCACAUCAUAGUUGAUGCAGGCCUAAUGCUAUCCUAUUGACAGGCACAAUCCCAUGCCAUCGCAAUGAAAAAUGCUGGCUGAGAGCAAAAUCCUCAUUAUUGCCAAACCCAUUUUGAAAACGAUUUAACUUUCCGAUACUGAAGCUUUAUUAGUGCUUCAUCACCUGUGAAGAAGUCCCAUGUUACGUGGGCAGCAUGUUUCUUGUGCUAAGAUAAGUGUGGUAUUAACAGUGAACCAACCCUUACCGUAAUUCACACCCAUUUUACGACUACUUAAAGACUACAUUGUAGAGCCCCCAGGGAAUGGCUAAUUUCAACACAACACAUCAGUUGGCCCAUUAUCCCUUGUUGUAGAUUCCACAUAACGUUAUAACUGUUUCAUAAAACAGUGAAAUUUAUGUGCAACCUGACACAUUAAGUAUUCACUAGUACCAGUAGCUACAUGUAAGAAAGUAACAGAUUUGUAUGCGGCAAACAGUGCUUUCCACAAAAAACUUUUGCCUAUCAUAAGUUACAUCCCCACACCCUUCUUUUAAUUCUUAUGAAUCUUGUAAUGAACAGUAAGAUGGCCAUAGGUUGUCUACAACAGUCCUUAUUCAGCACAGGCACACUGACCACCCACACCCUGCAUUAUUAAACCCCCCUCUGAACAUCGAUGAUUGCUUUGCACUGAUGUUUGGAGUCACACAAGGCGUGCUCCUGCUCUGUUUGAAGAUGGUGACAUUUGACCCCUGGACACCCAGCCCUGGUUGUCCUGCACAGAAGGUCAUGUUCUCUACUGACCCAGGGUCCAUCCUGCAUCCAUCAUUCAUAGUCGGCCUUGUUAAGCUGACUGGGAAUCAAUAAUAGAGACCAGUCUGCAUCCCAAUGACUUCGUAACAAUCACGGACCAUCAUCUUCAGUCUAAAUCAACUGGAAUCAGCACAUCAGUAAACUCUAUGUGUCUCUCCUUCCAAGAUUAUAAUCUCUAGUCACAAUCAUACGUAUGAUUUCAGUGCGACUUGAAAGUCAUCAAAUUCAUCUGGAUUUUUAAAGAUCUUCAGUGUCACCAAUUUUCACCUGUCUUGAAAAUUGGUGAAGUUGUAUCUUGAAUGUGUAUCAAACUGAGUAGAUUGCAUUGUAGGAAUUUUGUUGUGUGUACAUAAUUAUGUGAUGUUUGUGUGUAAGGCUAUAGUAGUGGAGCACCCUGUGACUGUAUGGUGAAAUAGGCAACUGCAGCAUGUUUUUCCAUGGUAAGGCCAUGCAGAAUUCAUUCCUUGGUUCUUGUCUCCUACCGAAUCCAUACAUCACCACCUAACAGCCUGCUACUGCUAGCACUGUACUGUCUUCAACUCCAUCCAGCUAACACCUGUAAUGUUGACUGUGGAUUGUGAUAUUCCAUGUUUUGGCCAAGAUGUUGAGCUAGGCUUUACAAUGCUAGUGGGACUGGGGAGUUUUUGUACUUACUGAAAAUGGUGCUUGUGUGCUUCAUGAAGUUUUUAGCAUCAUCCUGAAAAGCGAGUACAUGUAUGUGUGAGAGAAUGAGUGGGUGUCUGUGUGUGUGUGUGUGUGUGUUUGUGUGUGUGUGUGUGUACAAAUGUACAUGUAACAUCACUAACCCAUCGUCCCCCAUUUCAAUGGUAGAGCUGUCUCCAUGGAGACUCAAAUCAACAGCC